GUGCAAUAAAAAUUAGGGAUUAGGUUUGAAAAAAUACAUAAUUAUAAUGAGUCCGUAAUUUGUAUCACUAUGCAAUAAGGGCUUUUUCUUUUUUCAGGCCAUGGCUUUCGUCGGCAGUAGUAAGUAUCCUCUGGACUUUCAAUUGGUAGAUAUGACUGUAGAAGAGUUGUACCAUGAAAUAGAAAUGAUAGAUAAAGUUCCAAGUGAUCAGGAAUCGAUUAUUUCAGAAGAGUCCGACAACGAAAACGAUUUCUGUGAAAUACAGCCGAAUGAUAUUAUGAUCAGUACUGAUGAUGACUCCAGCGAUGAUGACGUCCCUCUUUCAAGGUAUUUACAAAAGCCAUAUAAUCAACCACCCAAAGUUUCAUGGUCUUCUCAAAAUUUACAUCUAAUAAACCCGGCUCAGCCGUUUACUGAGAAUCAAGGUUUAUGUCUUCAGUUGCUACAAAAGGAAGAUCACCUGUUGUCGCCUUACUUCUUUUUUAAUCUGUUUAUUACUGACGAGCUUAUAGAAGACAUUGUUUUUCAAACAAACCUGUAUGCUGAACAAGAGUUUCAAAAAAAUACCAAAAAAUAUAAUCCUACAAAUACAAAAGAAAUGAAGGUUUUCCUUGGUCUUAAUAUUUUUAUGAGAAUCAAACCACUACCUAGUUAUAGAAACUACUGGAGUGUCGAUGAAGACAUGCACGAUAAUUACAUUUCCCAGUUUAUGCCUGUAAAUAGGUUCGGUUGGUUACUUAGCCACGUUCACCUCAAUGACAAUAGCGUAAUGCCAAAAAAAUGGGAUGCAGGAUUCGAUAAACUAUAUAAAGUCAGGCCCUUCAUAGAUAAAAUUAAGGAGAAUUUAAAAAAAUAUUAUAAUUGUACAAAAAACAUCGCAAUCGAUGAAUCAAUAAUAAAAUUCAAGGGGCGAAGUACGUUGAAGCAAUAUAUGCCGAAAAAGCCGAUAAAACGAGGCUACAAAAUUUGGACUUUGGCUGACGCAAAUGCAUAUCUAUAUGACUUUGAUGUUUAUACCGGCAAAAGCGAUGUCUACGUAGAACAUUCCUUAGAGGAAAAGAUUCUGUGCAACAUGGGACUAGAAAAUGGAAAAAAUCUUGUGCCUGAAAGAGUUAACUGAAGAAAACGUGGAAUUAUUGGACCACCUUCCAUAUAGUCCCGAUCUAAGUACUAACGAUUUCUUUACUUUCCCGAAAAUUGAAAAAAGACUGCAUGGUCAAAGGUUCCAGUCACCAGAAGAAGCAGUUGACGCAUUCAAAAAUGCCGUUUUGGAUCUGCCAGCAAACGAG